AUGCGUCUGUAUAACGCACCCGAAAUAAAAGUUCAUUUGUCGUCAUCGCCUACAUUAACAAAUAGUUUAAGAAACUUACAGUCGUUGGAAUUAACAAAUACAACAUAUAUGCCAACUCCAUCAAUGUCGUUUGCUUCUUCGUAUACAAAUCGUAAUUCCUUGUAUCUUAACCGUAAUACUUCAUUUAAAAAAUUAUUAAAUCGUCAUUCAUUAUCAAAAAUACAUGGUAAAGAACUAUUCCAACGUAGUGUUCGUCGGAUCAUUGAGCAAAAUAAUAAACGGAAAAAAAUUGCGAAUGAACAAGAUGCAAAUUAUUUAUUGUCUGAUGUAAAUGAAAGUAUAUUAAUAUUCAACGAUUUUACGUUUAUGAAAAGUGUAUUGCUAAAGAAAAAAUUAAUGAAUGAUCGGCCAUGGGCUGUGAUCUUUGAACGAUGUGGCGGACUCGCGACAUUGUUAGAUUACAUUGACAAAGUUACAUCAAAACCGUUAUCACUAUUAAACGCAAUUUUAAUUAAUGAAACACUUCAAUGUCUUCGAGCUUUGAUGAACAUCACGGAAGUAUUUGAACAUAUUGUUGCCACACCACAAUACGUCGGGGCCAUUGUUAAAAUUUUGACAAUUCCAUCACCUGAAAUUCGCAUGAGAGUAUUUGAACUUUUAACGGCAUUAUGCGUUUAUUCGUCUGAAGGUUACAAUCUUGUAUUACAAGCAUUAUACGAUUUUGAGGCUGAGAAAAAGUUUUCAAAUGUAUUUGCCGUUAUUAUUGAACAAUUGAAACAUACUGAGUUACCCAAACACAAAUGGAGUGCUUUAGCAUUAUUAAAUAAUAUAUUAUCGUCUACAGAUCAUAUUGAAAAGCGUCUAAACUACCGAAAUAUAUUGUUAGCAAAUGGUUUACAUGAUAUUUUGGAACAAUCCCGGAGUUGCCUGGAUAAUGAUCUUGAUCUCCAAAUUGAUAUAUUUUUAGACGAACAGAAACAUGAUGAGCAAGAAUUCUUAGGUCAAUUCGAUCAAAAUGAUGCCUUGUCUGUCUGCCAAGCUAUUCAAUUACAGUUGUAUUCGAAAACGGAUGAGACUGCAACGUUUUUAACAACAUUACAAUUAUUAUAUGGAGCAUUAGCGUCGUCGACGAGCGAAAAAAAACACGUAGUUCUAAAAGAUUUACUUUCCUAUAUCAUACGUUAUCCAACGCAACAACCACGGCAAUCUUUAAUAUCUGACCAAAUAAAAACAGUCGACAACAGUUCUCAAACCGAUACCAUACCGGAUGUUUCACUAUCAUAUCCACAAACGAAUACAUCACAUUUAGAAGAUGAAAAAGUUGUUGCAGUUAUUUUACCACAAGUAUCUCCACUAGAUGAUGCCGUAAAGCCACCACCACGUGCUCCACGAUUACGGUCUCCUCCUCCUCCUCCAGCACCGCCUAUGCCAGAAUUUUUACAAACAUUACCUCAAGCUCCAUAUUUACCUCCUAAUUUUAAUCACACAACAAACGUUCCUCCUCCUCCUCCAGCACCGCCUAUGCCAGAAUCUUUACAAACGUUACCUCAAGCUCCAUAUUUACCUCCUAAUUUUAAUCGCACAACAAACGUUCCUCCUCCUCCUCCAGCACCACCUAUACCAGAAUCUUUACAAACGUUACCUCAAACUCCAUAUUUACCUCCUAAUUUUAAUCACACAACAAACGUUCCACCUCCGCCGCCUCCACCGGCAGCGUUUGGUGUUAGUAAAACAAGUAAACCCUUGCGUCCUACCUCAAAAUUGCUCGAUAGUGUACCGAAGCCCGUGCGUAAAACCCGCCGGUUACAGUGGAAAAAGUUACCGCAAAGUAUUAUAAAUACAAGCAAAUUUUGGAAAGAUAUUAACAACGAAGAUGUCAACAUUGAUUACAACGUAAUUGAAAAACAUUUUGGCAUAGAUGAAAGUGAAGCAAAAAAUAAUCAUAACGAAAAGUUAAAGAAAGUUACUGAUCGACAACAAACUCAAAUAUUAAAUUAUAAUCGUUCAAUUAAUAUUAAUGUGUUUUUGAAACGAUUCAACAUUGAUUUGAAUAAUCUCGUUAAAUUUAUAUAUCAUUAUGAUCCAACUUCAAAAAUAUUUGAUGUUGAAUGUUUAAGAAUGUUAUCGAAAAUAUUGCCAACGCAAGAUGAAGUGAGUCAGGUGCAUGACCACAGCAGUGAUCAUUGGGGCUUACCAGAACGUUAUAUCGAUUUAGUUGGUUCAAUUCCAAAUUAUGAGUUUCGUAUUCAAACUCAAUUAUUAAUGGAAGAUUUUUCAGAAUUACAUAAUGAUUAUCAACAAAAAAUCAAACAAAUAUUAAACAAUAUGAAUUAUUUCAGUUUAAAUUUGUCUAUAAAACAUUUUUUAACGUCAUUGUUGGCGAUUGGAGAUUAUUUGAAUUAUGGCUCAUAUUGUGGUGAUGCAUUUGGCUUUCGCAUUGAAUUUCUGAAACAAUUACGUGAUAUUAAAACUCAACGUAGUACAAAUACUAAUUUAUUAGAUGUUCUCUUAGAUACUCUAAGUAAAGAAGUAAAAAAUGACAACAUUAACUUGCCAUUUAUCGAUGAUAUGAAAGUUAUGUUUGCAAAUGUUCUAAGUUUGCAAAAUUUGAAAAAUGACUAUAUGGCAAUGAAAAAGAAAAUUGAAAAUGGUAUGAACGAACUUUGUACGAUCAAUGAUGAUCAAUUGAAUAAACAAUACAACCAAUUUUAUCAAAAUGCAUUGGGCAAAUUAACGGAACUUGAUAAAUUGAUGAGUGAAUGUGAACAAAAUGAAAAAGAAUUGAUGACACAAUUUGGUGAAAAUGAUCCUACAGAAUUUAAUUAUGACAUAUGUAUGGAAAUAUUUCGAAUAUUGAUUGAGAAUAUUGAUUUAGAACAGAAGGAGAGACAAAAACGUCAAUCAACCCUUGUUAAACGAGAUAAUCACCAAAACGGUUUACAUAAUUUUAUUCGAAAAUUAUCAGUUGAUCAAUCGCCUGAAACAACAAACUUGAUGGAUGUAUUAAUGAAAGAUCUGAGAAAAAAUAAAUUUGCAACGGCACCACUAGCAAGAAGACGUACAAAUAGAGGAGAUCUGACUAAUUUGAUUAGUAGAGAUGUGACAGGUUAG